AUGUCCUCAGCCCUCAACGCGUUAAAGAUUCGUCGCAAGAAGAAUGUUAAGAAGGGAAUUCAAUUCUGUUUGAUGGUCUGCGGUGCCAGUGGAACCGGACGCACAACUUUUGUCAACACUCUCUGCGGAAAGCAGGUUCUAGAGGGCAAGGAUGCCGAUGAUGCUGCUAAUGCUCACCUAGAGGAGGGUGUCCGCAUUAAGCCCGUGACUGUCGACAUUGCAGAGCUCGAACUUGAUGACGAAGGAACACGUAUUUCUUUGACCAUCGUCGAUACCCCCGGAUUCGGUGACCAGAUUGACAACGAGGCCAGGCACGUAGACCUUGCCUAUAAGCAACAACGCUUCGGCGAGAUCGUCGGUUACCUCGAGCGCCAAUAUGACGACAUUCUUGCAGAGGAGUCUCGGAUUAAGCGUAACCCCCGCUUCAGAGACAACCGAGUGCACGUUCUGCUCUACUUCAUCACACCCACCGGUCACGGUUUGCGUGAACUCGAUAUCGAAUUGAUGAAGCGCCUGUCUCCCCGUGUCAACGUCAUCCCCGUCAUUGGAAAGGCCGAUUCUCUCACCCCCGCUGAAUUGGCCGAGUCUAAGAAGCUCAUCAUGGAGGAUAUUGAGCACUACCGUAUCCCCGUCUACAACUUCCCCUACGACAUUGAGGAGGAUGAUGAGGACACCGUUGAGGAGAACGCCGAGCUGCGUGGACUGAUGCCUUUCGCCAUUGUUGGAUCCGAAGAUUUCGUCGAGAUCGAUGACCGUAAAGUGCGCGCACGCCAAUACCCAUGGGGUGUUGUCGAGGUUGAGAACCCUCGUCACUCAGACUUCCUUGCUAUCCGCAGUGCUCUGCUCCACAGCCACUUGGCUGAUCUGAAGGAGAUCACUCACGACUUCCUCUAUGAGAACUACCGUACUGAGAAGCUCAGCAAGAGCGUCGAUGGUGCUUCCCAAAGUGGUCACGAUUCUUCCAUGAACCCCGAGGAUCUUGCCUCUCAGUCCGUGCGCCUCAAGGAGGAGCAGCUCCGCCGCGAGGAGGAGAAGCUGCGCGAGAUCGAAAUCAAGGUCCAGCGCGAGAUUGCCGAGAAGCGACAGGAGCUGUUGGCUCGCGAGAGCCAGCUUCGCGAGAUCGAGGCCCGCAUGCAGCGCGAGCAGCAAAGCCAGGGCAAUGUCAACGAAGCUGCCAACGGAGAGGCCUAG